AUGGCUUCUUCCGAUGCCCCAACGUUCGUGGGAGGAGUAAGGACAGCGGGCGCAGCCGGUGGGUCCAACACGUCAAAGAAAGCGCCGGCCACGGGGAGAAGUAGAAUCAUGGGCGGCUUCAGUGCACCCCCAGGGGCGUCGUCUUCCCCACCUGGGUUUCUCGGAGGGGGCGGAAUCGGAGUCGGUGCAGCGGGUGUAUCCAAGGGAAAGAGAGCGCCUACUACGGGGAGUAAAAUCCUGGGCGGCUUAGUAGGCGGAAGCGGAUUUGGUGCAGGCGGUGUAUCCAAAUCAAGGAAGGCGCCCGCCGCCGGGCGAAGCACAAUUAUGGGCGGCUUCGGUGACCCGCCCCCUGAGGCAUCUUCUUCCCCACCUGCGUUCGUUGGAGGAGGUGGAAGCGGAGGUGGUGCAGGAGUUGCGUCCAAAUCGAAGAAGGCGGCUAGCACCGGGCGAAGCAGAAUUAUGGGCGGUUUCGGUAACCCACCCCCUGAGGUAUCUUCUUCCCCACCUGCGUUUGCUGGAGGAGGCGGAAGCGGUGCUGCUUCGGGCCUGGACGCUGUUGAUGCUGCUGCCAAGGCUCGUAGAGCCCAAAGAUUUGCCGGUGAAGGCGGGGGCAGGAGUGGCGUCGGCGGGGGUGGUAGUACCAAGGGUGGUGGCGUCAAUAGCAGUAGCGGGGCUGGGAGCAGCGGCGGCGGAGGAUCUGCUGAAGACGUCCAGAGAGGGAGCCACCUGGAUGAUGCAAAGAUUAAGCAGGGGACAGUGGAGGCGAUGUGCCCGCCCGAGGAGAUGUCGCGCCGCGUGCCCGGGGACCUUCACAUUCUCGAAAAGGAGCACCCGGAUUUCUUCAUGCCCGACCAGGGGGACGGCGGGCCGCCUAGGCUCUGGUUCCACGACGAUCUCGUGGUGAAGAGGCACCAGCGCGCGGCGGCGGGGAUGGACAUCAGCAAGCCGGAGCUGCUGCGCACGCCGCUCUGGCUGGCGCGCACGGUGGACCACCUCGUCAUGAAUUGCGUGGACAAGGGGCCUCACGGCGGAGGGGACCCGGGAUUGGUCUGGGACGACCCCCGAAUCCAGGAGUACAUAGCCAAGUUUCGGGCGAACAACCCGUCGCGGGCAGACUCUGCGGAGGAAGAGACUGAACACGAUCUGUACAAUUUCGUGUGGGACCGGUUCCGGAUGGUCAGAUCUGACUACAACAUGCAGGGCUAUAACCCUGUGGUUGGACUCGUGUCCGAGGCUAGCAUCGUGGCACAUGAGCGUAUGGCAAGAUGGUACAUUCUGAUGGCCAAUCGCAUGGAGAAGAACAGCAUGCAGACCCACCGCUUCAACCUCAAGUCCAUCGUCGAAACCCUGAAGAAGCUGUACGAGUUCUACACCAUUCGCGUCUCUCGCGGAGAGGUCAGCGGAGGUCUCGCCAGCCCCAACGAGCCAGAGAUCAUGGCGUACUACCUGCUGACGGUGCUCGAGCAAGACGGUGGUAUUGAGGUGCAGCGCUUGGUCAAGGACCUGGUCAGGAGACGGCGCGAGGAGGUGCUCGAUUCUCCGGAGAUCAAAGGGGCCCUGAAGGUCGUGCGAGCGUGGCAUGCCGGGGACUACGUCACGUUCUUCCGGGCGUUUCGGCAGCAGGGGGUGAUGCACCGGUGCCUCAUGUCCCAGUAUGUCAAGCCUAUGCGCGAUACGGCGAUCAAAACGAUUGCCCAGUCGUUCGCCGACUUCUCCACUUCGGAGCUGAUGCGACUGCUGUGCUUUGAGAGCGAAGACCAGGCCGUCGACUUUCUGAUGGUGUACAGCUUGAAGGUGUCACGUGCUGGUCAGAUUUCCCUUUCCGUACGUCCUCUCUCUUACUCGGUCGACCUUCGCCUGGCGAAAACUGUCGAUAUUUUCCGGGGGUGCCAUCAGGUGCACCUUAGGACGAGGGACCAAAAUGGCAGGUGGACGAUGGCUUUCAAGCACCCGGUGGCUAUGCCAGAUCCUCCGCCGUUGCAGGACCUCGUGGAGCCCAAGCCCUGGCGCCUUGCGUCCGAGUGGGUGUGCAAGGAUGACUACGAGCCAUCAGCGGACAAGUCUCACGACGUCACCGCUGCUCCCCGCCAGCAGCAGCAGCAGCAGCAGCAGUCGGAUGGCGCGAAAGAAGCAGCCGCCUUGACAAGGGCCACGUCAUCCUCGUCCACUGGGUCUGCCAGCGGGCGAGGAGGAGGAAGCCUGAGAUCAAUGGUUGCUGGGAAAGUGGCAGUGCCGCGGCGCCCGUCGAAAUCUCAAACCAGUCCUUCGCCAGCAAACGUUUCUUCUAGCGGCAACACGGGAGUGCUUUCCGGGGGUGGCGACAGGGAUGCUCCCAGCACUGGCUCAGGUGCCGGAAAGGCUGCAGCGAGUGCUUUCCCGCCGUUUGGGUCACUCGGUGCGAAGGACACAGAAGCUUCUUCGAACAAGCCCUUUUCGGGCCAGCCACCCACCACGACGCCGCAGGGCGCUUCUGUCUCUUCACUGGCGACGUCCUCUCCCGCAGCACCGCUCGUCGCGCGUGGUGGUUUCGUGUUCGCGCCGCAUAGACCCGCGCCGUCCUCGAAGUCUAAAGCACAGGAUGCUCCGGUAGGCAAAGGACCGAGUUUGGGUACGCCGACGCCGCCGUUGGCAUUCCCACCGCUUGCUAGUACCAUCGGUGCAGAGUUUGGCAGUGUGGCUGGAGCCUCGUCGACGGUGGCUACGGGAAAAGGCGCCAGUCUCCCAUCUGAUUCGGCGGGGGGCGCGCCGGGUGGCCAGGGCCCGGGCGCGGGCGUUGCGACGGAAGGGUCGGUUGCGGCUUCGAUCGCGCCCGAUUCCACCUUCGCCCCUGCCCCCGCUCCAACCCCUCCGCAAGCCGGCGGCUCAACACCCGCGGCUGUAGCUGCAGCGGCGCCUGUCAAACGUAGAAAAUCGCCUGUCUCGCCUCCGAGCCGGUUGGUCGAAGACGGUGCCUCGACGGGGGACGGGCUUAACGUCCCGCACCCGGCGUCUCGUGACCAGGCGAAGAGAGAUCGGAAGACGCCCACAAACACCACAGCCGCUGGCGCCUCACCAGCGGAGGGCGCAGCGGCAAACGCCGCUUUGGCGGCUGCCCAGCAGGCGGCGCGGGAGGACGCAAAGCGGGCGAUGGAUGAUCGGCAGCGGCGACAGAAAGCGGAGGCGGAGGAAGCGAGACGAAAGGAACUGGCCGCUGCGAGACAAAGGGCGGCGCAAGCAGCAGCGGCGGCAGCGGAUGAAGCGAAGCGGGUGCGUGAUGCCGAAAGCCACGCGGAGCGUGCGCUGGCGGCGGGGAGACUUGUUCCGUCGGAUGUGGUCCAUGAGCUGCCGGACGGCCCGCUGCGACGGUCAGCCUUAGAACACCGGAAAAAGUCGGGAUUACGCCUUGCUCAGCUGGAAACCGCCGUCUUGCGCCGUAGGCGGUCUGCGGCCUGGGGAGUGUGGUUAGAGGAGACGACAUCUUGGGUGGAAGAACAGCAUUUGAUGGAGCUCCACAACCGACGCUUCGAAGAGCGAAGUGCCCUCACCGAGAAGGCUUCCAUCCUCAGAAAAACCAACAAGCGUCGCUCCCUGUCCUUCAACGAUAAGGGCAGUGGCGUACUAGGCGAGGUAAAGGCCGGGGCGGCGACAACAGCAGCAGCGGAUACGGAAGCGAAGCGACACGGCGUGUCCCGAAGCUGGGAGCUUCGCAAGCCCCGACCGCUUGACGUUGCCGCCGUCGUGUCGCCAGCGGUCGCCAAGAACCAGGGAGAAGAAACCGAGGAAGCGUUCAGAGCGGUGGGACUGACGACGGUUCGGAGGCCUGGCACCAAGGCCAGGGAGCGGAGCAGCUCUCCCGACAACUCCUUGCUGCUACCGGCCGGAGGGUUGUCCCCCGCUCCGCCCCACUUGUUCUGGAAGGCGGUGGUGGUAGCACCAUCUCAUACGAGAGGGAACGUAGGGGGGUGGCUCGAGGCCAAGUUCGGCGGAAGCGCGGCAGGUGGUGGCGCGGCGGGGAUAUCGGCGUACCGACGGGAGCUGGUGUCUCACGGGUUGUUCCCCAAGCUGGAUGAGGGGGUGAUGUCAGGCGCCGAGGACCAAGAGGAAAGUUCGUGCGGGAGUUCGGGUACCUCGAAGCUCAUCUUCCGGGAGCUAAGGGAGUUGCGGAUGACCACGCCGGCUCGAUGCGAGAAGAGCAGCGCGCCUCCCCAGUGGAUUCACCUUUGCGUGCAGCGCGUUAGCGUCCACAAGGGGUGCCGCCUUGAGCCCUCGUCGCAAUUGUCGGAGAAGCUAAAGGCAGCGAGCGUGGUGGUCUUCGCGGCAACACCGAGGGACCAAGACCGCUUUUUCUGGUCACCGUUGCACCCAAAGCCGGACUGGUCCCAGGCCAAAGCAGAGCUUCGACUCGCGCUCGAGUCGGCGUCGCCGCGCGUUGGCGGUACAGCAAGCAUCGGAGUGCCAGUUCUGGUCGUUAUCCCGGUGAAGGACUCGGCCUUGCAACGAGACGCCAGUUGCGCUGACCCGACCGCUUUCGAUCGCACACGCGAGAGAAUUCUGGAGGAUGCGUGGGAAGGGCUGGGGCUGCGAGAGGUGGCUCAGUACGGCUGCAGCUUCCGGGUGGCGCUAGUAGGGCUGCACGAGUUCGAGAGCAGGUCGAAGGCGGCUGCAGCUAGGGGAGCGGAUGUGGUGUUUGCGGGCAGUCUGGAGGACGCUUGCUCGGAGGACGUUGCAGGGAAGCUGGCGGAACUUGCAGAACGGGCCCCUAGGCAUCCUUUGGUGGCCACCCGCUGCCUUCAAGAACUGCUCAAUACUGCCGUGUCCCGGGCGACUGCGGACGACCGCUACGCCGACGCCGUCGGCCUCACUCUGCCUUCGUCCCGCUACGAAGACCCCCCAUUGGGCUGUGUCGUCGAGGCAGCGAAUCGCGCGACAGAGCACGUGUGCCACCUGCUCGUACGCAGGAGCAGCGCCUGGCCGAUUGCAGAGUUUGCCGCGACGGCGGCUGUCAUGGACGGGCGCCAACGGAGAGAGAUAGUGUAUGUUCCAGGAGCGGCGCGGGCCGCUGGGGGAGAAAUCGCCGGGUCGCCUCUUGACGCACCUGACAGCGCCACCCACGGUGAGCCCAGCGACGCGGGUAGGUUAAAAACAGCCUUGGAAGCCUCGGGCGCACUGCCUCUCGACUGGGAAACGGUGCUGCCAUCGUUCGGUAUGCCGAGCCGCACGAACCCUGGCUUUGCCGGAGGGGCGGACGUCGUUUUGCGAGCCGCUUUUCUGCCCACCAUCCCUCCGAAGCUCGCGGAGGCGUUCAGUCCGGAAGCCUUGGCGGGGCGGGAAGGCGCGCGUCCCCUGGGACCGGAGGUGGCGUGGGACCGGGUGGAGGAGCUAGAGAAGUAUCUCGGGAGUGGGUUGAUGGCGCAGGAGUUGCGCUUUCGACUUGCGGAAGCAUUGUCAGGUGGAGUCAUGAUGAAGGGUCCCCCCCCGCCCUGGCGUACGCUGGUGCGGGAUGCGAUCACGAGGAGAGUGGUGCUGGCGAGAUCCGGGGAGGGCGCGGGAAGGCGCCCCCUUGUUGUUCACUUCAUCGCAUCUUUCGGCCAGGAUCGCUUGGAGGGAGAAACGGACCGUGGUGCGGUACCGAGGUUGCUGGAGGCUGAGAUUUUCGGAGGGCCAUCGCUUGGGUCGAACGCGGUGACGGCGAGCGAAGAGCGGGUGUUGGCCCCUUCUCGCGACCCGACAGGCAACACGGAAAUCGUCGGAGCGCGGGCCUCGGCCACGCUCAAGCGCACGGCGCCGCUCCUCCUUGAUUACAGACCGGACGGCGCCAAGCACCGUAGGACGAGCUCAUGCUCGACUCCGAACGGGAGUGACAGGAAUUCCUCUCACCGUCGCUUAUUCGGCAGCAGCAGCAGCAGCCGGAGCACGACGCUCAAGUUCGAUGACGGCGACGACGUUGACCGGCUGCUGAGCGAGGGAUUUGAGGGUAUCGCUCUCGAGACGGAGGAGAUCAAGACAUCGCGAGAACUCGCCGCCUCGUUCGCUGCCGCUGACCGGGACCUGGACACCGCGUUUCUGGCGUCAAUCGGUGUUUCAUUGGCUGGAUCAGGUGGCGGUGGCAGAGGUGGUGGCGAACUCCCGUCAUUUGAUCUCAACCGGGUGACCGCACUUCCUCGCGGCUUAGCAAAACAAGAAAAGGCAAGAAUGGACGCCGAAAAGCAAGCAUACGAGGCUAGACAGCGCCAGGCCGCAGCGACUCUCUCAGCCGCCGAUUACAGGUGUUGGGAGAUUCGGGAAGAGAUGGGCGGGUACCGGAUCCAGGAAGAGAACAUACGGGCGCAGAUUCUCGACGGAGAUCCCUUGGUGCCGCUGUACGACGAAUCAGGCGGUGGCGUAGAUCGGGGAGGAUUGGGGGCUUCGCCUUUUUAGUUGUGUGUCACCGUUUACCUUGAUGUUAUUGAGACGGGCGAUUCGAUGGGCACCGAGUAUGGCGAGCCUGUUUCCAUGCCCUCUGACAGAGAUGCUGGUUAGUGUUCAAGAUAAUUUCGUGUAAAGAGGCUUGUUGCGGGCAGUUUCGAGCUAG